CUUUCAUGUGAUUUUAUUAUAAUUUACUUUACUAUAAACAAAUUCUCUUUAAAACAUUUUAAGUCGAUUUUAUUAAACGAUUUAUGCUAAGAACAUGUGAUGUUUUUGGGAAAUUAUUUCCCAACUAUGGAAAUAUAAAUACUCUUGUUCACUAAUUAAUUAAUUAAUUAUAAUAAUUAACAGAAGAAAUUGUUCACCUUUGGAAUUAUGCAGUCUAACACACAAACUACUAAGAUCGUCAUGAUAUCUGCCAUCUAUUUGUGCAUAUUUCUUAUCCAUGUGCAAUGUUUACCAAAAAAUAAUGAAAGUGAACAAUAGGAGAUUUAACAGAAAUGAAGGUGAAUCUUUUGAACAAGAAGAAAGACCGAAAAGUCCAAUCAGCAGACAGAUAUUAUUUUUUCCGAUGAAUCCUGCUUCACCAAAAAAUGCCAAUUCAAUACCCUUCUUUGCUUAAUUUAAAAUAAUAUUCUAAAAUCAUAAAUAUUAACAGUGAAUUAAGUUUUGAAGAGCAUGUGUUCUUUUCACGUCUUGUUUGUUUUCUGUUGUUAUUAUCAUCAAACUCUUGGAUCGAUAUAUCUUAUUACUUCUCUUUGCAAAACUUCUAACCCUCAAAGUUGAAUUAUCCAAUAUUCAAAACAAUUUAUCUCUCUAAUGAAAUUGUUUUCCAUUUAAAAUAAAAUACUGAUGCUU